AUGAGAAGAAGGCAAGGAGAAGAAGGCAAGGAGAAGAAGGCAAGGAGAAGAAGGCAAGGAGAAGAAGGCAAGGAGAAGAAGGCAAGGAGAAGAAGGCAAGGAGAAGAAGGCAAGGAGAAGAAGGCAAGGAGAAGAAGGCAAGGAGAAGAAGGCAAGGAGAAGAAGGCAAGGAGAAGAAGGCAAGGAGAAGAAGGCAAGGAGAAGAAGGCAAGGAGAAGAAGGCAAGGAGAAGAAGGCAAGGAGAAGAAGGCAAGGAGAAGAAGGCAAGGAGAAGAAGGCAAGGAGAAGAAGGCAAGGAGAAGAAGGCAAGGAGAAGAAGGCAAGGAGAAGAAGGCAAGGAGAAGAAGGCAAGGAGAAGAAGGCAAGGAGAAGAAGCGGCCGGAGGAGGCUGUCGCCUCUGCGGCCCAGCGGCCGGAGGAGGCUGUCGCCUCUGCGGCCCAGCGGCCGGAGGAGGCUGUCGCCUCUGCGGCCCAGCGGCCGGAGGAGGCUGUCGCCUCUGCGGCCCAGCGGCCGGAGGAGGCUGUCGCCUCUGCGGCCCAGCGGCCGGAGGAGGCUGUCGCCUCUGCGGCCCAGCGGCCGGAGGAGGCUGUCGCCUCUGCGGCCCAGCGGCCGGAGGAGGCUGUCGCCUCUGCGGCCCAGCGGCCGGAGGAGGCUGUCGCCUCUGCGGCCCAGCGGCCGGAGGAGGCUGUCGCCUCUGCGGCCCAGCGGCCGGAGGAGGCUGUCGCCUCUCCGGCCCAGCGGCCGGAGGAGGCUGUCGCCUCUCCGGCCCAGCGGCCGGAGGAGGCUGUCGCCUCUCCGGCCCAGCGGCCGGAGGAGGCUGUCGCCUCUCCGGCCCAGCGGCCGGAGGAGGCUGUCGCCUCUCCGGCCCAGCGGCCGGAGGAGGCUGUCGCCUCUCCGGCCCAGCGGCCGGAGGAGGCUGUCGCCUCUCCGGCCCAGCGGCCGGAGGAGGCUGUCGCCUCUCCGGCCCAGCGGCCGGAGGAGGCUGUCGCCUCUCCGGCCCAGCGGCCGGAGGAGGCUGUCGCCUCUCCGGCCCAGCGGCCGGAGGAGGCUGUCGCCUCUCCGGCCCAGCGGCCGGAGGAGGCUGUCGCCUCUCCGGCCCAGGGGCCGGAGGAGGCUGUCGCCUCUCCGGCCCAGCGGCCGGGGCCGGAGGAGGCUGUCGCAGAUGGAAAUGGCUGGCUGACCGUGGAAGAGGAUAUGACGGCAAUGCCUGUGGUGCCAGAGGAGUCACUGUCCUGUGAAGUAAACGAAGACAAGAAACAAAGACUCCUGAUGCAAGGUUUAGAGGAGCUAAGACCGUUACGAAUUCUGAAUGGUUCAAGAAGCCCGGAGUAG